AGCCACCACUAGUCGCCCCCAGUGCUCCUCAGUCUCUGGGUCUUUUUGUCUGUGGUGCAGAUUAAACGUCACGUCCGUACUUGAACUUGAAUUUUAUCCCAUUGUACAGAGGCAGCCCCAGCCAUAGAGAGACAGAGAGCUCCCAGAGAACCAGGACUCCGCCAUCUUCACCAUGAAAUAGUCCUCCCCCCCAGUGCCAGCCAAGUGGAGCAGUGCAAAGUGCUGGCCAGUCAAUUGCAGGGCAGUGCCAGGCUCACUGCUCGCAGCAGACACUCACUCUCUGGUGGCAGCAGGGUCAGCUCCCUCUCUGGCAUUCCUCUUCUUCUUUUUUUACUAUUUUUAUUGGAGCAGUGAUUAUUAUUAUUAUUUUUUAUUUUAUUUUAUGCUGUUUUUUGUUUUUUUUUUGCAUUGAUUAUUAUUAUCAUUUUUUAUUAAUGCAUUGAUGGGAGAAAGUGCCAUUGGAGUGGGCACAAGCAUUUGGUAACUUGCAGGAGAAGUACUGCUGCUGCUGCUGCUGCUUUCCUUGGCACAGAGGGGGCACCCAGGACUCCUGCUCUGCUGAAUUUUUUUUUUUUUUAUUAUUAUAAUUUUUUUUUAAGAAGAAGAAAAAGCAAGAGGAAGAAGAAGAAGGGGAUCAGAGAGCAAGGAGCAAGAGGAGGAGGAGGAGGAAGAAGAAGAAGAAGAAGAAGGUGCUGGGAGAGGAGGAAGAAGGAGUCCCCCGGUUGUCUUGCAGAUCUCCGGGCGAUGCCACUGUAAAUGCCACUGCAAUGUCCCGUCGCAAGCAAGGGAACCCGCAGCACUUAUUACAAAGGGAUAUCAUUCCACCCGAAGAGCACCAUGUCCAAACGGUAAUCCCAGAUGAAGACGACGGUCUCCCCAUCCCAGAGUCGGGAACCCUCACCCUGUCCGGCAGCGGGACUGACCCAGACUUGUUAACAUGUGGACAGUGUCAAAUGAACUUCCCGCUGGGAGACAUCUUGGUUUUUAUAGAGCACAAGAAAAAACAGUGCGGAGGUCCGAGCGGAGGCUGCUAUGAAAAGAGUCUGGAUAAAAGUAGUCCUCCGCCCCCAUCUCGCUCCGAGCUCAGGAAAGUGGCAGAGCCGGUGGAAAUCGGUAUCCAAGUCACGCCCGAUGAGGAAGACCGUCUUCUCACACCUACGAAAGGAAUUUGCCCGAAGCAGGAGAAUAUUGCAGAAUUCGAGAAGCAAAGAAGGGAAUCCCGGUACUAUGGGCAGCACCAAUUUUCUGCAUGUAAAGAUGAGCCUUCAAGCUAUAUUUGCACAACAUGUAAGCAGCCUUUCAACAGCGCCUGGUUUCUGCUUCAACAUGCUCAAAACACACAUGGAUUUCGCAUCUACCUGGAGACCAGCCCAACAAGCAGUUCCCUUACUCCCCGAAUCACUAUCCCUCCACCUCUGGGACCGGAGACUGUUGCACCAUCCCCACUGAUGAACUUCCUUGGAGACAGCAAUCCCUUCAAUCUUUUACGAAUGACUGGACCCAUCCUACGUGAACAUCCAGGCUUUGCUGAGGCUCGGCUCCCAAACACGCCACCACUCUUCAGCCCACCCCCUCGCCAUCAUCUGGACCCGCACCGCCUUAGUGCCGAAGAAAUGGGGUUAGUUGCCCAGCAUCCCAGUGCCUUUGACAGAGUUAUGCGUUUAAAUCCAAUGGCAAUUGAAUCUCCAGCAAUGGAUUUUUCUCGAAGGCUACGAGAACUGGCAGGAAAUAACUCCACUCCUCCUCCGGUGUCUCCGAACCGUGGCAAUCCUAUGCAUCGCCUGCUAAAUCCCUUCCAGCCAAGCCCUAAAUCCCCUUUUAUGAGUACACCACCAUUGCCACCAAUGCCCCCAAGCAGUACGACGCCACCGCAAACCCAGGCCAAGAGUAAAUCCUGUGAGUUUUGCGGAAAGACUUUCAAGUUCCAGAGCAAUCUUAUAGUUCACCGCCGUAGUCACACAGGGGAAAAACCUUAUAAAUGCCAAUUGUGUGAUCACGCUUGCUCGCAGGCAAGUAAAUUAAAACGCCACAUGAAAACGCAUAUGCACAAAGCUGGCUCAAUGACUGGCAGGUCUGAUGAUGGACUAUCAACUACUAGUUCACCAGAGCCGGGCACUAGUGAGUUAACAGGAGAAGGAGGGAAAUCCAAUGAGACAGAUUUUAGAAAUGAAAGUGACCCUUCCUUAGGCCAUGAAAAUGAAGAAGAAGAGGAGGAGGAGGAAGAAGAGGAGGAGGAACUGGAGAAUGAAAGCAGACCAGAAUCUAGUUUCAGCAUGGACUCAGAAAUGAGUCGAAACCGCGAAAACGGUGCAAAGCCCAUCCAUGAUGAGAAGUCCCUAGUACUUGGUAAAGUGAUGGAUAACGUAAAUCUGGCAGACAUGCAGCAAUAUAAUGACAUACUCAAUGACAAACAAAAGAGAAGUCACUUCAUGAAACGCUCUUCUGACCCACGAGACCUAUGCCGGAGAAUUCCUGGUGACGAAGACGGGGUAGAGAGAGAAAUAAUUCGAAAUGAAGAAGGGACAGUCAAUGGUAGAAAUUUUGGCUCAGGUGAACCCUUUCCAAUCUUGCUCCCCCGAAAACCAAUGCCCAUCUCCGGCAGUGGUCUCAAUAACUCGUCAAAAAGGAUAAAAAUUGAGAAAGACUUGGACUUACCACCAGCAACGAUAAUCCCUUCAGAAAACGUUUACUCACAGUGGCUGGUUGGAUAUGCAGCAUCACGGCACUUCAUGAAGGAUCCAUUUCUUGGAUUCACAGACUCUCGACAAUCCCCUUUUGCAACGUCUUCUGAACACUCUUCAGAAAACGGAAGCCUGCGGUUCUCUACUCCACCAGGUGAUAUGCUGGACGGGGGUCUCUCAGGGCGGAGUGGGACAGCAAGUGGGGGAAGCACCCCUCACAUCAGUGGACCAGGCCCUGGCCGACCCAGCUCGAAAGAAGGGAGAAGGAGUGAUACAUGCGAGUUCUGUGGCAAAGUAUUUAAGAACUGCAGCAACCUCACAGUCCACCGUCGGAGCCACACUGGGGAACGGCCUUACAAAUGUGAGCUCUGCAACUAUGCAUGUGCACAGAGCAGCAAGCUGACGCGCCACAUGAAAACACAUGGCCAGAUAGGUAAGGAGGUGUACCGCUGUGACAUUUGCCAGAUGCCCUUCAGCGUUUACAGCACCCUGGAAAAACACAUGAAAAAGUGGCACGGAGAACACUUGCUGACAAAUGACGUGAAAAUUGAGCAGGCAGAAAGAAGCUAAGGCCCCUAUAUGGGUUAAUUCAGUUUAAUUUGUACAGAUUUAACUAUUGCCAACUGAGAAAGCUGACCUUACUUGCCUCCUUAAACAUAACUUAGUGUAAACAUGUUAGGUGUCACAAAGUGGCACUUAAACUAUAUCCUGUGUCUGCAGUUCUUUGAAGCCUGAGGGUUGAAUAAGGCAGUAACAAUUGUGGAGCCUUUUAACUGUGCAAUAAUUUCUGUAUUUAUUUGGGUUUAAUUUGUCAUUAUGGCAUGUGCAGGUACUUAUUUUUUUUUUUAUUUGCUGUUUUUUAUUUCAUUUCUAUAUUUUUAUAUUGUUUUUUUUUUUGUUUUGUUUUGUUAUUGCGCAUCCUUGUUAAAAAAUCAAACAGAAAAAAAACAACAAAAAAACUAAAACCCUCUUGUGCUGCGGGGACUGAUAACUUUGUUAUAGGCAACAUUGAUUUUUCAGCCCCCUUCAGAACAAAACGGGUUUGAUCCCACCUCUUCCCGGUAGUAGCCCCUCCCCUAUCCCUAUUGUCUUAGUAGUGGAGAAUUGUAUUUUAAAUUAUCAUUUUUUGGGCUGCUACAUUUCUGGAAUUUAAGCUAAAACUUUUUGUAAUUUCUUGCAGAGAAGCCAUCAGCUAUUUAAUUUCAUUUGUUACCGAUUUUAUGUUCUAUGGCCAAUUCAUAAAAAGAUGGGGUCAGGAUUAUGUACACAGCGGAUUACAAUCUUUAAUAUUUUGAGCACUUAAUUUUUUUUUAAUGGCAUGGUAGGAUCUCAUACGCAACAGUUAAAAUGCAACCUAAAAACUCAAGAGUCUGUACUUAAGAAUCUUGGGGGUACACCUCAAAAACAAAAAAAAAAAGGGACAUUUUUCAAAAAAUAGUCACAACUUUCAACCUGCAUGGGGAUUUAGUCAGAGGCCUUAUCGGAGUAGCGUCCCAGCUCAAAAGCAAGUAAAACAAAUUAUAUUUUUUGCUGCUUACGUGGUCUGCAACCCCAGCUCAAUGGGCUUUGCGUUGCAGGUCACUCUAGCAAGCAAAUGGCAGAGAGAUGCACUGUUAUUUCUAAAAACUCUGAAACCCACCUGCAGUGUUCUGCAGUUCACUCAUUGCUGAAAGGCUGAAGGGUCAUCAUUGCAGUUCAUUACCGUUAUGUCAUUGUAAUAUUGUGGACUUUUUUAACAUGUUAUUUAUUCUUAAAUAAUUGCAAGUUCCGAUAAUGACACCUGCUUUUAAGAUCCUUUUUCCAUUUUUGUUUUCUUUUUUUCUUUUGCGUGCAUCAGGAGGACAGCAGAGAUCAAAAGGUUACCCAUUUUAAUUUUGUUGACCGCACUUUAAAAACAAAACAAAAAAACCAUAACAAACAAACUUGAGUUUUCCAUGGCUUCUGAACAAGAAAUUACAGCCUAUUCUCCUAGUAGACUCCUACACAACCUGAUGGCGGGUUGAACUCUAUAAGGGAACACCUGAGAUUAAGUGCCAGUGUUGCUAAGCAUGGCAUUCACAAUGCUGGCACUAUAAAAAGAAUAUAUAUAUAAUUUAUUGGACGGUUUGUCUACUGCCAUUCGAAUUUUUUGUGAGUGCCUUGAAAACUGAUCUUCCUAUGUGAGUCUCUUGAGACAAAAUGCAAAACGUUUUUUUUUUUGUGAAACAAAAAAAAAAAAAGGACUUUUAACAUAGUAAUACAAGAAAAGUACAUUUCUUUAAAAACAAAAAAACUAAAAAAAAAAAACGUCAAAAGCCACAUUUACUUAUUAAACAAAAAAAAUAAAAAAUCUGGUUGACGAUAGUGUGGACUCGAUAAUGCCAUAAGACCCAAUCUUACGAAGAUGUUUACUCAGCACAAGUUCGAACCUUCUUUCGCUGAUUUAAUAUCAGCUGUGUUUCUUUUUCAGGACAACGCUGCUUAGAAAAAAAAAAAAACGGAAUGAAAAUUAUUUACUGCUGAAUUGAAAAUGACACAACUUACCAGUUAUCGUUGAAUGGGGAAAAAAACAAACAAUUCAGGAACAACAAUUUUUUUUUUUUUUUUUUUUUUUUUUUUAAUAAACGUUAAAUUUAGUGCACUCUGUCUUAAAAUACGUUUACAGUAUUCAAUACGUACAAGGGUAAAAGAAAAAAAAAUAAUUGUGUGUAUGUGUGUUUGGACGAUCAUUUCUUUUCAAGGUUUGCUUAAUAGGUUUUAAGAAAAUGAAAAAAAUUUGCCAUUAACGGCCAUGUGUAUAUUGUUUAUUUUUGAAUUUUUUUUUGUUUUUGUUUUUUUGUUUUCUUUUUUCUUUUUUUGGUGACGGGGUUUUAGUAUAUAUUAUAUAUAUUAAAAUUUCUUGAUUACUGUAAAAGUGGACCAGUAUUUGUAAUAAUGGUGAAUGCCUGGGCAUUUAGCAAAACCAGAAAAAAAAAAAGAUUUUUUUUCCUUGAAAAAAAUGUUGCAGUAAAAAAAAAACAAAAAAAAACUUAAAUGGUGGGUCUAUAACAUUGUUCUUGUCACUGUAAUUGUAAAGUCUGAGUUUUAGUACUUAUUUUUCCUGCCUUGGGUGUUAUUAUUAUUAUUUUUUUUUUAUUAUUUCGAAACUGUAUAGAAACUUGUAUUUGGGGAUUUAAAAAAAGGUGAUUGCUACACCAUGUAGAAAAAGUAAGUAGAAAAAAGUGCUUAAUAUUGUUAUUGCUUUGCAGAAAAAAAAAAACACGUUUCUGAACUGUGCUUAAUUUUAUUCCCUUUCCUCCUGCCCUAACUACCCCCCUCCCUUCUGGAAUGGAUAUUGAUAUUGAUUGGUUCACAUGAUGUAGGCACUUGCUGUAUUUUUACCGGAGCUUGUAAUUUUUUAACUGUACGCUUGUCCUUUUAAAAGGAUUAAAUGUACCUUUUUGUUAGUGAAUUUGAAAAAAAAAAAUAAUAAAAGAAAAUAAAACAUGCUGCCAUAAUAUAUUUUUUUAAUUUGGCAGGAUAAAAUACUGAGAAAAAAAAAAAACACACAAAAAAAAACCAACCAUAAAAUAACUAAAGCAUUUGUAAUUUAAGUCCUACUGUACAGAACAUAGAAAAAAAAAAAAUUAGGAAGCUGUUUAACGGCUUUCGGGGUAAAAGUAACAAAAAAAAAAGAAA